AUGACAACAUCAGAGACAAUAAAAAUGACAUCUUCUGUAACUAACAAAACUCAGACCGUCAUUUCUACAUCAACAAAAACAUCAAUAUCUACUUCAGCAUCAUUUGUUACAACUCCUAAAACCACUGUAUCAGCUAGAUGCCAAAAUGGGGGAACGUAUGAUGGAAUUAAAUGCAUUUGUCCAGAAAUGUACCAGGGUUCAAUAUGUGAAACGAUCGUAGAUAGAGCUCCUCCUGUGAAGACUGUUGACACCAGUGUGAAGGUGGAGUUAAAGAUCAAUAAUAAGCAGCUUGAUGAGAAUCUGAUGAACAAUCAAUCAGACGAAUACAAAGAAUUUGAGAAGGAGUUUAAAGUGUUGAUGAAAGACACCUAUGCAGAUUUGGACGGGUACAAAGAUGUAGAAAUUGUGGAAUUAAAAAGCGGGAGCAUCAUUGUGGACCAUCUUGUGAUUGUGGAGGUAGAAUACAAAGAAGACAUGACCAUAGAGAAAGAGUACGAAAACAUCUUACAGCAAGUCACUGUAACAGUGAAUACGGUGAAGGAAUCUUUCCAGAACUGCACAGAGGACGGUAGUGGUUUUUGUUUUGAUCCAGACUAUGGAGAUGUCACGGAGAUAGAAAUACCAAAUACUGAUUAUUGUGACAAAACAAUUGAUCCGGAUUUUCGAGAUUUUUUCACUCAAAUUGUCACAGCUGAAGGUCUGACCUGCCUUUCACACUGCGAUACAUUAUCUAUGAAAUACGUAAACUGUAGUGGCGGCCGAUGUGUGAUACAGAAGAAGGAAGGUCCACAGUGCUUUUGUCCAAGGACAGAUCUCUACAUGUACACAGGCUCUAGGUGCACGGGAAAAAUACUAAAAGCAGGACUUUAUGGAGGCAUCGGAGCGGCCAUUGGUGUCCUCGUAAUUAUUGUUGCCACUGUGGGAUUCCUCUUAUUCAAAUCAAAGAAGACGACAAAUUGGGACACUGAUAAUGACAAUAAUAAAUGGUACGAAGAUUCAGAAGAAGAAUGGGACGUUAACCAUGGAAUAACUAACCUGGGGUCGCAGGGAGAAUAUAUUGAGGACGGAUCGUCUGGAAGCAGUCAGUCCAAUAAGGAGAAAUUCAGGCCUAGACUGGAAAACGUAGACACAACAGUUAAGGUUAAAAUUCAGAGGCCUGAAGUCACUUUUGUAUAAAAUAUCAACACAACCCACAAGAAGUUACCGCGGACCAUAUGGGAAUAAGGACACAUCACCCUGGACUGAAAAACCUAGAAAUGAAUAUUAGGUCUUGGUAUCAGUUGGCGAAGCCUCAACCGGUUAUUGCAACAGGGAAGAGUCCAUAAAAUACAACAAAAAUACUUCUUGGCCAAUGACUUCAUCAUAACAGGAUCAGCAAUCCAACCAGAUCUACCUACAACUGAACAACUGUGUUGAAUUUUUUUUAAACCUUAAAAUGUGUGUAAAAUUCUAACAUUUUUGAAUAAGACUCAUUUUGUGCAAACAAUUAAGACAUUGUCACUUUUGUGAGUCAAUGUGGAAGCAACUCAAGCUACACCACAGCAACAGGUAGGGAGCGUAUGGGGGUGCAUUGUAACAUCGGCAUCGUAUUCUUAUCGUAAAAUGCCGGUUUAUGGUGAAUCUUCCCCCAUAUCUUUCUUUCUGACUUAAGAAUACUGGAUAUUCUCACUUACUGUGGUGGAUCAUACAGAGUACGGCACAGCCCAUAUGUAUUAAGACAAAGACAAAGGUAUUCGGUGGCUUUGUGUUCUUCAUGUUACUUUCAGCUUAUUUAUAAUUAUUUUUUUACCAAACUUUACCAAAAUUGUAUAUAAUUUUCUAAAUAUGAAU